AUGGAGGAGCCCUCGGAGAUGUUCGAAGAAGUUCUGAACUCAGAGCCUCCUCAGACCAGCGAUGAUCAAGACUCCUGUGAUGACUCAGUCUCACAGUCAGACAUGUUAGCAAAGGACCUGAAAAAGCUGACGCUCAACCCCAGUGCCGAGAAGUCUCCCUUUCAGCCAAUACGUUAUAGUCGCCGCAACCAUCGCCGCUCCCGUCCCCCAGUGAAGAGGAGGGUGGUGGAGAACAACAGUGAGAAAAUCUUGAGAGCAGUCCAAAGUGCCUUUCCCAAGAGAAGAGUCCGCACACUACUGUCUGUGCAGAAAGAUCCUGUAGCAAGGAUGAAAAGAUUUAUGCGGGAUGAGAGUGAGCCGUUCAGAUGCCUCUGCACUUUCUGCGUGUAUCAAGGGUGGGAUCCUGCUGAGAAUGCUAGAAUAGGGCAGAAUUAG